AUGGCACAACACCAGGAUGACGAGCUCAUGGCGGAUUUCAUCCCGCUGAGCACUGGAGAUGAUGCUCCAGCCGAGAUGGAUCCCCGGCCACACCAAUCAGCGCUGAGAGAUCACUUCCACGAAAUGCACCCAGACAUCGAGAUGAUGGAACACAAGUGCGUGUGCGGCCGUUACUUCAAAGAGCUAAGGAACAUGCGAAGUCACCAAAAGGCCACCGGCCACGGCGCCUGUGUGUGCGGGGAGAACUUCUCCAGCUAUCCGGAGCUGCACCGCCACCGCUACGAGGGGACGCAUUCUGUGCGGUGCACCUGCGACAAGAUCUUCGGCUCCAUGCAGCAUCUGUUCUCGCACCAACGCCUGGAGAAUCACUCGGGGUACCGCGACACGAAGAAGGGGUCCCUCAAGUGGACCGCCAUGGAGAGCAUCACGCUCAAUGAAGUCCUGUGUCCCUGCGGGGGGCAGAUCCUGGAUGACGAGAGCAGCAACAACAACGAAGAGCCAGAACAGCCACUCCAGUGUGACGCAUGCCGCCGCGUCUUCCGGGACGAGUACGGCCCCGCACGCGACACGUACGAGCCGUCAACCAGCGUUUUCAACUGCGUAAACUGCGACCUGGACUUCGACACGUGGGGCGAAAUGUGGCGGCACCAGCUCUACCUGCACCACCCGUGCAUCGCUUGCCACCGCAUCUACGUCUGCGAGACACGGCUGAUGGCGCAUCAGCGGGCGACGGGCCACUGCCACUGCACCGCCUGCGAUCAGCACUUCAUGACGCCCGACCGCCUGCGCCAGCACCUCCUCGAGUACCACAAGCUGCCGCGCGCCGAAGUCUUCCAAGACGCCGGCGACGAACGCCCACUGCUCCUCGACGACCCCUCCUCCUCCACGCCCGUCUUCAAAGGCGGUUUCAAGAGCGGCAAGAACUUCCUGCACAUCGACCUCCGCUGCCGCGUUUGCGGCUGCGACUUUACCUCGCCCAAGACGCUGCACGACCACCGCACGCGCGGCUGGCAUGACCCCUUCACCGCCAUCACCUGCCCCUUCGCCGGCAACGGCGGCCCGUGCGAAGUUGAGGAGGAGGAUCAAGCAAGAGAAGGCGGAGGAGGAGGAGGCAGCAAAGAGAAGAAGAGCUUCCCCAGCGUGUCGGCGCUGCUGCACCACCUGGAGACGGCGCGAUGCGGGUCGGGCAUCUCGCUGGCGGAGCUCAACGACGCACUGCGCGGGCCCGCCCGCCUCGAGGCCUGCGUGCUGCCCGAGCACCGUUUCCGCGCGACGCCGCGCGACCCCUGCGCCGGCGCGCUGUCAGACCGCGAGAUCCAGGCCGUGUGCGAUCGAGUGGUGGCAGAUUCGUCUCCCUCAGACGUCCCCGUCGGUGGUGACGACAACAACACCGACAAUAAUCCCAACAACACCCUCCCCAAGAAACCCAAGCUCCGCUGCCCCUUCUGCCCCGCCUCCAUCUGGAAGACGUUCCCCACCAAGGCCCAACUGAAAGCCCACCUCACGCACUACAACCACACGCCGCGCUUCCUGCAGUUCCCCGACUCGGUCGCGCUGCCGCCGACAAAGUCGCGGCGGAAGACCGACUUCAACGCGUGGAGCGGGCUGGCGCAUUCCCUCGAGACGCUUCUGUGCGCGGGCGAAGUCGAGGGCGUGCAGCAGGCGCUGGACGUCAUCGAGGAGGCGCUGGCGGCGCUGGGGAGGAUGGCGGCAGAGGCGAGGGGGGAGUAUGGGGAGGCGGAGGCGGAUAUGGUGGUCGAUUGA